CUUGACGUCGGUGCGCACCACAUCACUUCCGCUCCACGUUUCGUAAACAUUUAAAGAUGGCGGGCUCCUGUGUGGUCCGCGCUCUGCUCAGCCGCGCGCGUCUCUUCAGGUGUGUGACGUCAGGGAGCAGACGGAGCUUCGUCACCGGCGGGCAAAGCCGCGGGAGUCUGACGUCACAGCCGCAGGCGGGAAGCGGCGGCAGGAGCUCGAGCGGCGCAGAGAGCCGCGCGGCGCUGUGGGCGGCGGCAGCAGCCUUCUCUCUGUUCAGCAGGACUGAGGAAGACGAGCGAGAUGAAGGCCAGAAGAAAGAAGACGCCAUGAUCCUCCUGCUGAAGAAAGCAAAGCUGAGUGUGUAUCGAGGUCAGCUGCAGGCCGCCUCAGACUUCCUGCACCAGGCGAUCGUGUUGGCUCACCAGACCCACAACAACCAGGCCAUCAUCUACACCUACAGCCUGAUGGCGAACCUGGCCUACGUGCAGGGUCAGCUGGACCAGGCGGAGAAACUCUUCAAAGCAGCCAUGAGCUUCAUGCUGUCAGGAGGAACCCCACAGGACGAUAACGCUGUCAUUGAGAUCUCUCUGAAGCUGGCCACCAUCUACGCUGCACAGAACAGGACGGAGCUGGCGGAGCACGGCUACAGAUUCUGCACCGAGUCCCUGGAGGCCAAACUGGAGAAGCAGAAGGAGCUGCCUGCAGAGCAGCUGACAGAGGAGCAGCAGGAGCUCAGGAAGGAGACCCGGCUCCUGCUCGGUCUGUGUCUGGACUCUCGAGCUCGAUAUCGAGCCUCCAGCCUGCAGCUGAGCCAGGCAGCCGACGACUACAGGCUCGCACUGAGCAUCUGCCAGGAGGAGCAGGGCCACACACACCCACAGACUGUGGUGCUGAUGAGCGACCUGGCCACCAUCUUGGAUCUGCAGGGUCGUCAUGACGACGCUCUGGCGCUGGUGGAGCGGGCGGUGGAGCUGAGCCGCCGGGCCGGGCACCCCGACCUGCACGUGCUGCUGGGAAACAUGGCGGGCAUCCUGCUGCACAAAGGCUGUGUGGAGGAGGCGGUGUGUCUGUACCAGGAGGCCCUGUCUGUGGCUCGUCAGGCUGCAGACGAGGAGGCGGUGCAGCAGAUCACAGAGGGUCUGCAGGAGGUGAGGAAGAGGAGGGAGGAGCAGAGGAAGGAGCAGGACGCCGCACAGCACUGAGCUGUCCCAGCUGGCCGCACACACACACACACACACACACACACACACAGGUCUGUGUGUGUGUGUCCAUCUGAGCUGUGUAACUCCAUAAUAAUCUGUAUAAUAAACCAACUUUACCUGAA